UUAUUAAGAAAGAAAUUCUUCUUCGUUUGGAUCAACGAGAGCGAGCUUUGCAUGAAUUGGAUAAACAAAAGACACAGAUGAAGGAAUUGUAUCGUUCGAUGGAGGACGAUCGCCGUUCACUCAUGUGUGAAGUGACUCAGCAAAAUAAACUUGUGGACUCAUUAAGCCGGGAGAAAACAUCUUUACUGUUGGAGAACAAGGAAGCACGAAUGAUCGUCCAUGAUUUGGAAGAUAAAGUUACGAACCUCACAACGGACCUUGAAACUAGCAAAUCAAGGUGGCAAGACACGCUAUUGGCCGAAAUUUCUUCCAGAGUUGGACAUACUGACCCCGAGGAAUCUAAGAAAGAAAGAGAGAGAAUUGAAGAGAGAUAUAAUAAAUACAAAUCCACCAUCACCUCGCUACAAGCGGACCUUGAAGAUAACCGGGGAAAACCCAGAUGUGAGGGAAUUCCCCUGAAGAUGGGGAGAUCCCCCUCACCCAUAAAGAGGGUGACGAUAUCUGAUUCACCGAUAAUACACGGAUAUUCAUCCCGACCCCGAAGUUCUUCACCUAAAGUUUACCCCGAGAAAGAUCGAUGAGUUCAACUCUGCGUUGCUUGCCUCAUAAACAUAAGAUUUCUUGUGUUUUAUAAGAUAUCUAUUGUGUUUUAUAAGAUAUCUAUUGUGUUUUAUAAGAUAUCUAUUGUGUUUUAUUAGAAAUCUAUUGUGUUUUAUAAGAUAUUUAUGUAGUUGUGCUUACGCGUUUAAUUUUCAGGUAAAGAUUUUCAAACUGUUUUUCAUGUUAUUAUUGAAUUGCGUCAAGUAUCAGUGGAAAAGUUACUGAAGAAAUAGAAUAUGUUUAACUAAUAGUUACAACCUGUGUGAUGAUUAUUCAUGUACCUCAUAAUUAGAGAUUAAUUAAGAAAACAUUUUAACAAGUUAUUUCAUCCUUUUGUUUUUCUUGUAAGCAUUCACAUAGUUUCCAUAGCAUUUCGUGCCUUUAUAGUUAAGCACUUUAGCGUUUUGUUAGAUGCGUGCCAAACUUAUUUGAAAAAUAAAACUUUGUACUGAA